CGAAACAUUCAUCACUCCCAUCAUUCUCGCUCGCAUUCAUUCACUCAAUCCUCACCCUCUGCACUCCGUCAAUCCCUGCAAUCAGCAAACAUCAGCAAAUCUCGCCCAUCCACAUACGGACUUUCAUCUCCGUAACGUCUUUCAUUUCAGAGAUUUGUACAGUGUUGAGUUUCAUUUCUCAGCAAAUGCAAUCAUCGAUUUCCAUUAUAUUCCAGUGCCAAAAUUGAGUAUACCUCUUCAUCACUGAGCCGGUCUCGUGAUCAAGCGGCACAAAACACCGCGACCACGCAGCAAAUUCCAGUCAUUUCGAACAAUAAUCUAUAACGUCUACUAACGAUAAAAACACACAUCACGACGUAAUCUCUCACCCGUUCUUUCACACCAUCCAAACCUAGCGCAAUGGUUUGCUGUGGUAAAGCAACAUGGAAGCGGGAGGAGGUAGCGGAUCAUAAAUUCGACUUUAUCGACGUGAGAGAUUAUUACAGCAAUACAUUCUUUACAAGGCUACGGUACAUGUGGGUUUUCAUUAUGGUUGGAAAGGGAUUUGCUGUAUACAUUGCAGACAUCUACACUGCAAUCACCUUACUCGCAUUUCACAGAUUCAACGGAUCAAUCUAUACCAGAGUUGAAGCAGAUAGCGAUAAUCCGCUUCGUGUUCCUUUCGAUUAUGGUCGAUGGAUCUUUACCGGUUGUAUCAUUUUCUCAUUCUGCCUUUUGGCGUAUGAAGCGCAUAAAGCCAGAGCUGUGGUUCGAAGCAGAGAUAUCAGUUAUGCAUACACAAACGUGAUGGCUAACGAUUAUUACUCUAUUCGAAGUUAUAAUCACUUUUGUUUCUUCUGUCAAAUUAACAAUUCAAAGAAGAAAAAGGACGAAUUGGCUUUCUUCAUCUUCUUUACGUUCAAAGGAUGGAAAAGACUUUUGGUGGCAGAUGGACCGAGACAAGUAAUCAAUGCAUUGACCUUAUACGCUUUAGCAAGAGCGGCAAACUUUUCGACUGAUCUAUAUCAAUACUAUGAAGGCAAUUACUUUACAGCAGCCAUGUUACUCACCAUGUUGUUCACAGUGGUAAUCUUUGCUGGCAGUGCCGUCCUGCUGGCUUUGGCUUGUUUGAUGUAUUUGCCUCUCAUUUGCUACAUUCAAGGGAACUUGAAGGAGUACUGUUGUCACAAGAUCGAUAAACGUAUUUCUGAGCUAGUACAAAAGAAGAAGAAGCAACGGCUCGGCAAGUACGCAGCAAUUGCUAGGGCAGAAGCAGCGGGAGAUUUCUCCCACUUGAUGAACAAGCGAGGUAUCAUUGUUGGACAAAAGAUGGUUCAGCCAACGCUGCCUAACUUAGAUGUCGAUUUGUACAACGAUGAUGCAAAACCUAUGAAGCAAUUUGGACAGCAACGCACUGCGUCAAUGUCAUCAUCUACUGUGAACGGUCUACAUGGACCUGACAAAGGAUUAUAUGCCAUGAAAGAAGGCGAUGACUAUGGAAGCACAGCUCAUUUGAUGUUCAAUCAAGGGUAUGCAGGAUCAAUACAUGGUCAUCCUAUGCACGGCUCCAAUUUGAGUGUCAGCAGCGGAACACUAAAUGCUAGCCAACCACCAACUAUGAACAACUCACCAGAUGCCUACCCUGUGCAUGUACGAGGAAGGGCUGGAACAGGUACGCUAGACGGUCAGAUGACCGAUGGCAGCUUGCCUAUGGGUAAGGUGUUAGCGCAGAUGGGACCGAUUGGCACAAGUCCUUCAUUAUUUGCACAAAGGAAAGUGGGAAUGAACGGCAGUCAAAACGGAGCAAGUACUGAUCAGUAUGGACAACGAUCGCAAAAUGGUUAUUACUCUACACCGUAUGAGACUGAACAUUCUUCCCGUAGCGCAACGAAUGAUGCUUAUGGUGAUCACAAUAGUGGAGCCAAUAGCCAUGAAGCAUAUGAGAUGCAAUCGCAAGGCGGACAAAAUGGCAUGAACGACCACACGUACGGCUAUCCUCCGAGCGAAGGCAUGCGAUACCCAGAUGCCGAUGGUGGUGUUGGUGGUCAUGAUUUAUCGGCUUAUACCCCCUACCAAGCUGACCAAGGAGGCCAAUCGAAUCAACAAGCUUAUUUGCAGCCUAGUAAUCAGGGCGUUGCUGGAGGAGGAAGCAGCCAUGGAAACAGUCGUGUUCAAAGCUUUGCUUUUGGAGAUGUCUAUGAUGAUUAUUUGGAAGAGCCAGGGCAAAAUGUGGAUCGUGAUUCGUAUGGUCAGGCAUCACAAGAACAUCAUGUUACGAGUGAAACAUUUGGUUAUCGAAACUCGGGCCAUCUUCCUAACGAACAGCAGCAAGCGUAUAGACAGCAGCAGAAUUAUGAUCAACAGCAUUAUCAACAUGCAUAUAGUCAUGAUACUCAACAGAUGAAUAAUCAAGAUCAUGGUUAUAGUACCGAUCGAUCGCAACAUUUGAAUCCACGAUACGGUGGUCCGGGUGAUGGUUACUCAGAUCGUCAAGGAUCUUAUUCACCUAAUGGAUAUGACGGAAAUUCAGGACAGUAUAUGAAUAAUCAGGGAAGUCAUAAUCAGCAAUAUUCUUAUCAAAAUCAAGGCUACGACAAUCAUCCAGCUUCUUACGAAAAUGCUAAUUCUUUUGCUCGGUGAUUAUGGCGUAUCACCAUUAGCUAGACUUUAUCUACACUUUUGCCAACGGGAUCAUACCUUUUCACAAUCCUUUUUAUCUUUUCAAUCUGUAUUCUAUUCAUCUACUCUCCUUAAUGUUAGAGUUUUUGUCACCUUCAA